AUGGUGAGCCUCCGCCACACAACAGUGGCCCAGACGCGGAAUUUGAGAUCGGCGGGGACCGACUUCAAGCGCAAACGUCUCGCCAACGACGCCAGUACCCGUUCCAAGACGGUUUCAUCGAUCGUUAUCUGUCGCCCCGCAACUCCCGCCAGAACUGUCGGGCCGUUCGGCCGAAGUCCUGAUGCAGGCGAUCCGAAAAAGUCGCGCCACUAAACUCAGCCUUUCUCCGGCUCGAAAAACGACCCGCGCCGUUGCCCAUCGUUCUGUCAGUCGUGAGAGGAGAUCUCGCGGGAAAAAUGUGGGAGUUUCCGCUUGUAUUCCAUCGAAAUGGUAUAGCCGAUUCACGGUUAUGCCGUGUUCAAAGUGAUUUCCGCGAAAUGCAAAAUUAUCUCUAACUCUCCGAAGUUUAGUUGUCUUUCUCUUUUUCUGGCGGCUUUUUUGAGACAUUUUGAACACGGCAUUAGCUUGAGACGCAAAACGGCAUGACUUGUCUGCGCUCUCCACCAAUCAGACACUAUCUUUCUUUUCUUAUCGUGUCAGGACCCGUUUUUCGAUGGCUCAAGCCAGCCGUGAAUCAGCUAUGAAGUAUAUUCCAAAAGUGCUCUAAAUUACUUAAAUUAUCACUGUAAACGGCUCGCUCCAUCACGAUUUUAGUCGUGAAAGGAGAUCUCGCGGAAAAAACUUUCUUUUGUAUCAAAGUGGUUAUUCUGUUCGAAAAAUAUUUGUAUCUACUUAAAUUAUCACUGAAAAUGGCUCGUUUAGUUUUGUUUUUGUCGGCAGAAGGGUUUGCACAAGAAAAAUGUGUUAAUAUUCCUUUUUUUUGCUUAAAAAGAGAGUAUUCCGUUCAAAGUUAUCGGUAUUGAAAUGCGCAUAAGCUUUGAAUGACUCGAAAUAACACUACCAAUGGCUCGCGCCUCUUGUAAAACAUGAAAAAAAGAUUUUCAAAAUUAUAUAUUUGAGUUCGAAAAACUUCGCAGAGGCCUGAAAUCGCUUGAAAAUCGGAAUUUCGGAGUUGUUGAACGCAUAUAAAUCCAUUAGAAACGUUUUCGGCUGAAUUCUUCGAAGCAGAUUUUUCCUCUUUCUUUAUCCAGUUGAUUAACGAUGUUAAAGGUACAAAAAAUCUUCAAGAAAAAUAUGAAAUUUUUUUCAAAAAUACGAGCUGGAAAGUUAUUAAAGGAGCAUGUUCUAUGAGAUCCAUGAUAAUUAUCGAGAGGAAGAGCCGUUUUGAGCGUCAUUUUAGGUAAUUUAAGACUUAUAUGUCUUCAAAUAUCUUGUCAAGGAAGUUUCUAACAGCUGGGAAAAUAUGAAAACUAGUAAAAAGGGGAAAUACAAAAAAAAAAUAUGAUAAUCUUCAUUUUUUGGAAGAUCUCAUUUCUUUACUAGUUUCUUAUCAAACUGGCCCUGCUUAUCACUGACAAACAGGGUUCAUUUCAUCGCUAUGAAAGAACUAUUUGUACGGUUGUUAUCGUAAAUUGCCCAGUUUUUUUGUCAAUUUUUCCUUUCCCAAUAUUUUUUUUCAAAACGUUUUUUUAGGUUUAGUUUAGUUUUAUUUAAGCUAUUUUCGCAUAUUUUCAUGAGGAAACCUUAAAAAUCGAAAAAUUGGGAUUUUCGCACAUUUUCAAAAGGAAACCUUGAACAUCGAAAAAAUUGACAUUUUUCGCACUCUUUUCUUUCAAACGUUUUCCUAAAUUAAAGGAGCAUGGAAAGUUGUGAGAUUAAACUUCGGAGCGAAAAGCCGUUUUUUUAGUGUUUUUUUAGGCAAUAAUUGACUUCUGUUGAUUUUUGAUAUUUUGGUUUUUGUAUUUGUCAUUCGGACUACGAAAUGACGAAUAAACACAUGGAAUUAAAUUAAAUGAAAGUUUAUUAAUUUUGUAAAAAAGGUUUCAAUCAAAUUUUAAGAAAAUUUAUGAUUUGUUAGGUUUUCUUCAUGAUUUUGUAACCAUUCGGAAAUCGUAUUUGACAUAGAAAAAAAUUGAUUUUGUGAAAAAAAUAAAUUGAAAAAAAAAUGUCAUAAUUCCUCUUAAAUUUCAAUAAUUGCGUGAAAAAAAGUGUCUCGAUAAAUUUUCAAAUUGCUUUAUGAUCUCAUGAGUUUUUUUAUCAUGCUUAGUUUACCAUUCAGAGAAGUUUACGCUAAAAAUCAAUUUUUUUGAAAAGACAAUAUGAACAAAAAAUCAUUUUUGCUCAAAGUUCAUAAAUAUUUUUUUCUUUCCAGAAUAUGGCCUCUCCAAGAAUCCAGCCCCUCACAAUCGCCGUGAACUUGCCCAACUCGAUGGACAUUCCGGACACUCCAAGUCCCGAAUUAUUCGAUGAUCAUUCGUCACUGUCGCCGACGCCUGAAUCAACUCCGAGGCUACCGGCGGCCACCAGAAAUGCCGUUUCGGUUUGAUUUUGGCUUGAAUUUGGUUUUAGCCUGGAAAAUAGCCAAAAAGGACCUUAUGAAGUUGAUCUUUAUUGCUAACUUUUAUUUACUUAUUUUUGUUCUUUUUUAUCUAGAAAAACAGUUUUUUUCCCGAUUUUCUGUAUCUUAUGGCUUCUCCUUUUUAGAAAUUACAAACUUGGCUGGAAAAAUUCAUAGUUAAAAUCAAAUUGUUGAUGCAAAAAGGUCCAUUAAAAAGAGUUUUUAAUAUUUUUUUAUUUUUUUAGUUUUAAAUUUUUUUCUUUCAACAAAUUUUAACUUUCCAAAAAGUAAACUGUUAUUGAAAAAGUCAUCGAAAAGCACUCGGAUUUUAUUUUUUUGCUAUUUUUAGUUGAAGAUCCGAUUUUUAGGGUUUUAGGUCUUUUUGGUGUAUUUUUUAAAAGUUAAUCUUGUCAGAUCAGUUUUUGCUGUUUUUAAAGGCAAUUUUUAAUCAUUUUUGUUUUUGAAUGCGUUUUUUUUUGAUAAAACUUGAAUUAAAUCAACUCUACAGGUUUCUAUAUGGUUGAAGGUCCGAUUUUUUAGGGUUUUCAGUAUUUUUUUGGUUUACUUUUUUUAAAAAGUUAAUUUUACCAGAUCAUUUUUUUGGCUAUUUUUAGAGCAAGUUUUUUUCACAAGUUAAUUCAACUCUUCAGGUUUUUUUAUAUGGUUGAAGGUCCGAUUUUUCAGUUUUUUCGGUCAUUUUUCAUUGUAUUAUGCAAAAUUAAUCUUCUCAGAUCAUUCUUGGCUAUUUUUCAUGCGUUUUUUUGACAAAAAAAUUUUUUUAAUUUUCCAUGUUUUAUUUUGGGGCAAUUUUUUUCGGUUUUUUGGACGUAUUUUUCUUGAAAUUUAGUCUUGUCAGAUCAUCUUUGGUUUUUUUAAAUACAAACUUUCUCAAAAAGAAAUUACAUUCAACUCUUCAGGUUUUUUUUUAUGGUUGAAGAUUCGAUUUUUCUGUUUUUUCGGUACUUUUUGGUGUAUUUUUCUCAAAUUUAAUCUUGUCAUAUCAUUUUUGGCUGUUUUUUUAAAGUUAUGUCAGAUCAUUUUUUUGGCUAUUUUCAAUGCAAGUAUUUUCCAAAAAAAUCAAGUUAAUUAAAUUUUUUAGGUUUUUUUAUAUGGUUGAAGGUCCGAUUUUUUUCAGGGGUUUCGGUCUUUUUCGGCCAUUUUUCUUGCAAUUUGACCGAAGCAAAAAUAAAAUUUAACUCUCCAGGAACCCUCAAGAAGGCCGGCAAGACCUCGUCAUUCGGUCGCGACUCGAUUCCCCUUCCUGUCCCCCUCAACGCCCGGCGGCGGCGGUGAAGAAGAAGACGGCGUCAAGACCCGAAGGAUCAAAAAAUCGUUUUUUAAAAAGCCAUCAAAAAUUUAUAUUCAUGAUUUGAAUUCCAGGAUCCACGCUUCUCAUCCUCAUUGUACGCUUUGCAAAAAUCUACUCGAAGGAUUUCGCGGGAACUUCCGAACCGCUGAAAGCUUGCUCCGAGUGUGAUGCUAAAUGUGCGCAUUUUCGAGUUCUUUUUCGAAAAAAAUUUUUGAGAAAAAUAAGGAAGAAAAAUAAAUUUACUGCGUUUUUUUAGGCAGCUUUUCAGGAAUUUUUUUUCAAAAAGCUUUUCAAAAAUCUUUAAGAAAAACUUGAGCAAGUUAUGAGGAAAAUUGAUAACCACAGUUUUCAGCGAAUUUCCGAGGUUUUCCGAAAAAUUUUGAGGAAAUAAGGAAGGAAAUGGAUUUACCACAGUUCUCAGCGAAUUUACAGGGAUUUUUUUGUAAUAAAAUUUGACGGAAUUCAUAAAAAUGAUCCAUAUUUUACGGCGUAAAUGUGGAUUUCUGCCGAUUUUUUCAGUUUUAGCACAAUUUCGCUUUUUUAUUCAUUCAUAGAAUGUGAUGUUUUCAUUUGAAUUUUGAAAAAAAUCAAGGAAAUUUAUGAAAAAUCCGAUAUUUUACGGCAUAAAUGUGGAUUAUAGCCGGUUUUUUCAGUUUUAACACAAUUUUUUCUUUUUAUUCGUACGAUUUAAGAAAUAUUUAUAGGACCUUGCUUUUUCUCAUUCAUAGAACGUGGUGUUUUCAUUUGAAUCUUGAAAAAAAUCAAGGAAAUUUUUGAAAAAUCCGAUAUUUUACGGCAUAAAUGUGGAUUAUAGCCGUUUUUUUCAGUUUUAACACAAUUUGGUAUUUCUAUUUGCACGAUUUAUAAGAUUUAUGAAGUGUUAUACCUUUUUUUCAUAUAGUUCUAUGUCUUUUGUUCGAUUUUGAGGCAUUUCGCGGUUUUUAGAAGAAAAAAAUUUUGCCCAAAAUACGGUUUAAAUUGUCAUUUUACGGUGUAAAUGAGGAUUAUUGCCGAUUUUUUCAGUUUAAUCCCAAUUUUCCACCUCUUUUUGUGAAAGUUUUCUGAAAUUUUCUACAGGACCAUGUCUUUUUAAUGAAUCCUAUAUUUUUUUGCUCGAUUUUGAGAGGAUUUUUUUCACGAUUUUUUUGCUUGCCAGAGCGUUUUUUUAUCCAGUUUAUUCAGCUUUUUAACUUGAGAAUUCUUUUGUAGAAAAAUUUGGUUAACUUUGAAUGAAAUUUGUGUUUUUUUAUAGUGUAAUUAUUGCAAUACAAUUUUAAAUAAGUAGCCAUUUUUAAACGAUUUUUUUCAUUGAACAAAGAAAAGGAUCGAAUAUUAACAAAUAAGAAAGUUAAAGGACCUUUUUAAGGUUCAUAUAAUGUUAGAAAAUUCAAGUUUAUUUCAAAUAUGAUGCAUUUUGUAUCGAUUUUGCCUUGGAAAAAUACCCAAUUUUCAUUUUUCAGUCCAUCUUCGCAGUUGCCUAAAGUACAACGACAUUUUGGCGAGGAAAAUUGAGAAGAAAUAUUCUUGGUCCUGUGCCAAGGUUUUUUCCAGUUUUAGCUCAAUAAAAAUGGAUUUUUUUCAGUGUGUCCGGUGCCAGAAAUGCGCGCAAUUCAUCGCGGAUCCCUCGAAUGUCGAAUGUUGGGAGUGCGCUUUGGCCUGGCACGGGGCCUGCAAGCCGACCAAGGGCCACACCCAGGGAACCCAUUUCGGCGCUCCCUGGUACUGCUCCUCGUGCACCCAGAAGCUGGGACUUUCGUCAGUUUUUGGAGCAUUUUUUUUGAGCUUAAAAUGCGCCCCCAUGCCUACAGUACCUUUUCGUGUCAUUACCCGCCACGAUGAUCCUUUAAUAGCAGUUUUUGGAGGAUUUUUUUACACCCAGAAGCUGUGACUCUCGUCAGUUUUUCGAGAGCAGUUCGGACGAUUUUCAUCCAUUUUCGGCUCAUUUUUUAGCAUAAGCUGCUCAUGAUGCGCCCCCAUGGCUACAGUACCUUUUGGUGUCAUGACCCGCAACGAUGAUCCUUUAAUAGCAGUUUUUGGAGCAUUUUUUAGCAUAGUCUGCUCAGAUUUUGAAUAUCCAGCUGCUUAAAAUGUGCCCCCUUGGCUACAGUACCUUUUCGUUUUAAUAGUGCUCCAAUUUUGGAUAUUUUAAGCUUGAAAAAAUUCGAAAUAUUAUGCGCUAUUGAAGGAUCAUCGUCACGUGUGAUUAAACUUUGACACGAAAGAUACAGUAGCUUCGAGGCGCGCGGCCUGUCUCUGUGCAUGCGCCUUUAAUUUAAAACCCAGAAGCUUGUGUUCACCAAACUUCCUCACCUUCAUUUUCAAUUUUACAGACCGCAAAAAAAGCCAGCCAAAAGGCCUAGGAAAAGUACGCCGAAGGUCAAAUCUCCCACGGAAAGUGGGAAAAGACGGUCGAGAAGCAAGAAGGAGCGAUCUGUAACUCCCAGGUAAUCAAUUUUAGAAAAAAUUUCAAGUAAAUGGUCUUUUAUAGUUUGUUUUAUAGAAAUAUUCAAAGAAGGUAGAGUUAAGAGCUCACUUGAGGGAAUUUUAAAAAGUCUGUAAACAAUUUAGGCCAAUAAUGGGUUCUACGCAGAACAAUGUACGCUAGCGCGCACAUGAGUUGUGUGUAGGUUUACGGGGACUCCGCAUUCCACAACAAUUAGGUUUAUUACGCUUUCAUUGAACCAUAGAACUUCCGAAGCUAACUAUCGAUCUUCUUUUUAAAAAAAAUUCUGGGUUUCUCAAUUUUUUUGAACGAUCCAUGACCCCAAAAAUAAUCAGUUUUAGAAUAAAUUUCAAGAAAAAUCGGAUUUUUUUAGACCAGAAAAAAAUGACUUUGAAGAUUAAUUUCGAAGAGAGUUCCAUAUGAUUUUUUUAUAAGAAGUAUUUUAAGAAUACAAGAUCAAGGGACCGCUUGAGAGAAUUCGAGAAUCAGUUCAGUUAUUUAUUAGAGAUUUAACGCUUUUUAUUUGAGCCAUAGAACUCCAGACGUUGAAAUACUUCCAAAAAAAUCAAUCGAGUUUUAUUUUUUUCGAAUGGAAUAAUGAGUUUGAAGCUUAAUUUUAAGAAAAAGGAUUUUUAUCUUUUUUUUUGUAUAGGAAUAUUUAAAGGAGAUAGAGUAAAUGGUUCACUUGAGGGAAUUUGGAGAAGUCUGUUUGAAUUUUCUCAAGUUCCCACGCUUUUAUUGUACCAACAUAGGCAAAGUCGGAGAGGGUGAAAAAAGCUCUUUUAAGGAUGAUAAAAAUUCCUUUUUUGUUGCCUUUUUGCGCCAUUUUAUCGGCUCUUAUGAAUAUUUUUUGCUGUCUCCCUCCUUUCCACCAUUUCUUGAGCCUUGAAAAUCCCAGAAAAAAUGGAAGGCUCGAUAAAGAGACCCUUUUUGGCGCCUUUUUACAGCUCUUUUGGUGCCCUUUUGAUGCCUUUUUUGUGCCCUUUCGCGGCCUUUUUCGAGCCUCUCCCUUUUAGCGGCCAUUAACCAACAAUCCGAUUUUGUCCGUGACUUUAUCAUCAUUUAUUUUUCGAAAACAAUAGAUUUUUUCUCAGUUGGGAAGACGCCGAAACGGAAGAACUGAUGGAGCUUCGAUACAAGCUCUACGACGAACUCGUCGACGCCGCCGGCCUCGGAUCGCCUGCGAAAACGUCGCCGCCCAAAUCCCUGAAGAGAUCGCUCUCGCCGCAGAAGCGACCCCUGGGCGCCUCGGCGACAAAAGUCGCCCGCGCCCCCGCGAACGAUCAUCUGUCGUCGCCGGGACCGUCGUCGUCGUCGUCGUCGGCGACGCCACAGCGAUCGCAAGGGACGCCGGACUCGCGGUUCCGCUCGCCGCAUAAUCCAAGUCAAGGAGGUGCCGAUUAUUCAAAAUUGAGCGUUUCUAGAGUUUUAGGGGUUUGAAGAAAGUUUUUUUUUAAAGAUUUCUGUUUUUCUCUGCGCCCUCCCUAUGUCUAAUUUGAAGCCCAAAAAUGUCGAAUGCGCUCCAUCGAACACAAUUUUAGAAUUUCGUGAUUUUAAGCUCAAAAACUGUCAACCUCAGGAUCUUCAGAGGGGUUCCUAUAGGGACAAUCUUAGGGAGCCCUCUAGGGACCACUUAUUUGUGUAGGGGUCACCAAAGCUUGCAAAAGGGAUCCCUAUAGGGGACAUGGUUGUCGUUAAUUUUUAUGAACUCUAAGCGAACAAGCAUUUCCAUGGGAAAAACUGAAUAAGAGUUUAUUGAAUAAAAUUGAAAGACCCCUAUAGGGAUCACUUGAGCAUUAGGGGCUCAGGGGCCAGACCCUAAAUCCCUAUAGGGACCACCUUGAUUUCACCCCUAUAGGGGUCUUUUCUCGAUCAUUAUAAGGGUUAUAGGGACCCCUAUAGGGACUAGUUCGGAAUUCGUAAGUAUUUUGAUUGUAAGAACAGGAAUUUUGGUCCCUAGUGCUUUUUUUAUUAUUUUUUUUAGCGAUACGAGUUUCUAAAGGAAAAGUCUGUGAAUUUUCGAAAAUCUUCUUUAUUUUUCCAUGAUGUUUAUCCUAAUCCGUUCAAAAAAAUCUCAUUGAAAAUGUAAGAAAGCCAAUUUAAUUAUUUAAAAUCAAUUUUUUUCAAAGUCGGACUUCAGAAUCGUCGAGUUCCAGUGCGAUACGGCAGCUUUUCCCGCGCGAAUCGGCCCGUCAACCAUUACGAAUCGCAAUCGAACACGAUAGACAACUGUAAAAAUUGAAAAUAUACAUUUUGAAUCUAUAAAAGUCGAUUUGAAGGUUCGAAGCGGCUCUGAGGGAUUAUGAGAAUCGGGUGGAAGUCGAACCGGUGAGAAAUAAUUUCGAAACACCGUCGACAGAACAGUGGGUUUUCCUCGGCCGUGGCGAGGCGAUGAAGGUGAUUUUGGGAGAAAAUAAGAUUUUUUAGAGUUUAUUCCAGGAAUUUUUAGUUAUUGAAGGGUGGUAUAAUGAUGAUCUAGUUGUAUAAGCUCAAAAAAAAAGCAAGCUAAAAUCCUAAAUUUAAAGUUCAAAAAAUGUCAAAUUUCCUCCAUUAAAGAAAAAUUGAAGAAAAAUUGAGAAUUUCGGGAUUUUGAGCUCAAAAAUUGUCAUAGAUCUGAGCUACAAGGACAACUUUGAAAACUUGACAAAUUUCUAAAUUUUAAGCUCAAAAGAUGUAAAAUGCGCUCCAUUGAACAAAACUUGAGAAUUUAGUGUUUGAGCUCAAAAAGUGUCAUAGAUCUGAGUUAGGGGGAAAACUUAGAUAACUUAAAAAAUUCCUAAAUUUAAGCUCAAAAGAUGUCAAAUCCGCUCAACCGAAGAAAACUUGAGAAUUUCGAGUUUUUGAGCUCAAGCAGUGUCAUAAAUCUGAGCUACAGGAGAAAUAGUUGGAUUUUACGGUUUUAAAACAUUUUGAAAUUCCAGAAACGCUUUUAUGGGCCAAAAAUAUGUAGAAAACUGAUUUCACAGUUGGUUGAGCCUUGGUUAUUAAAAUAGCUUUUUUUUUCCUAUAUAUGGUUUUUUUUUUCUGUUGUUGUAAUGCUAUCACUUUAUAGAUAAUUUCUAAAGAAAUUAAAGAAAUAUAACGGAAAUUAGUUAUUUUUUUAGGCCCUUUGCGCGUCGGCCUACGGUGGAAAGUUGCAAACGUCCUCGGAAAUCCACGUCUGCAUGUUUUGUCUCCACGCGACGCACGAUCGAACUUUGGCCGAGAUUCAUUGGGUUAAUAUCCAUUAACGUAAAUGGAAAAUGCAAAGAAGUUUCAUUGAUUAUUAAAAGUUGAUUCCUUUUUUAGCGCUAGUUUGGGGUGUUAUUUGAGAAAUCCCUAUUUUUAAGCUUUCUACGGCUAUUUUCGGAAAAUUAGACCCUGAAGAAGGGUUCAUUUCUGAGGAAACUUCUGAAAUUGAGCUUGGUUAAACAACGCAUAUGAUUUCGGAGUUAAAGACUGUAAAUUUUUGAAUUUUCCUCUUAGAAUAAUUGAAAAUGAUAGCUUUUUUUGGAACUUAUCACAGGGAGAGUUUCAAAAAAAAGUAUUUCGGGAAGAUUUUAACGGAAAAUUUGGAAAACAAGGCCUUGAGAAGAAUGCUCCAAACAGGAUUUUGGGAUAAUGAGCCUUGAAUGGACUUUUUUUAAAUGAGUUUGAUUAAAAAUCGAUCUUCCAGAAAGACAUUUUUCAAUGCUCCUUUUUGAAGCUUCUGAGCAAGAAUUUUUCGAAAUUGUUAAAAAAAAAUUCUGGCCUCGAAAAUUGGCUCCUUUUAUUAAACUUUAUCGAAAAAAAAAGCUGCCCGAAGAGCGGAAUUCAUUAAAAUACAUUUUUGGGAAGGUCAGGGGAGGUAAUUUUACUUUGCGCUUGAGAACUUCUUGAAAAUUGGCCAGCACACUUCUUGAUGUACUGGAUGAAGAUCUUGAAAAUCUCAACUUCCUAGUUUUCGAGAAAAAAAGCACCAAAAUACAAUAUUGUUAUGGAUUUUGAAAGUUUUCUUCGACUUUCAGGCGUCUUUUCUCAAAAAAAAAAGAAAUUUGUGCAUUUUGAAACUUUCAGAAUCUUCUUAUGAUACAUCAAGGAGCGUCCUGGCCAAUUUUCAUGAAAAUCCCAAUCGCAAAGUAAAAUGACCUCCCUUGUGAGCUAGAAAUUUUUAAAAGUUAAUGUUUCUUGCAAAUUUUCGGAUUCAAUGUCUCGAUUUUUCCAGGACAACUGUGACUGGCGAUAUCCGCCUGGCAACGAGAUCUACCGCGACGGGAACUUGUCGUUCUUCGAAGUCGACGGCGCCAAAGAGAAUUGGUAUUGCCGGAACCUGUGUCUCCUCGCCAAGCUGUUCAUCUCCUCGAAGACGCUCCACCACGAAGUCGACACCUUCCUCUUUUAUGUCCUCUGCGAAAUAACCAACGAGGGACUCGUUAUUGUCGGAUACUUUUCCAAGGUACUUUGGGCCCUUGGAAUCAUCUAGAAAUGAGGAUUUUUGAAAGGAAAAUGUUUUUUUGGGAGGGGCGAGGAGCUAUGGUUGUUCUAGAAGGCUACAGCUCAUAGAGAAAUAAUGACUGUCAUUUUUGGACCCCAUAGAAGACACUGAAGCUUGCAAAAGUGGUCACUCUAGAGGAAUAUGCUAGUCGUUUAGUGAUGUGGACUUCAUGAGAAAAAGUAUUUCUAUCCGAAAAAUUGAACGGAAAAAAUUGAAAGAAGUUAUUUCUGUAUUUUUCAACUAUUGGUCUUAGAGCUUCAGAAAUGUAUCUUGGAAUUUUAAACAGAAAAUGUUUUUAAUCGAAAAAAAAUGGGUCGAAAAGAACAUUUUCGACUCAGUUUGAAGCUUGAAAAACGUUAUUUUGCUAUUUUUCAACAACAAGUCCAUGCUGGAAAUAGAAGCUCGAAAAAUAAUGAUUUUUUAAUGGAGCGAAAGCUCAUAAUUGUAGAGCUGCGACUAUUGGAAAAGUGAAAAACUCAUGAAUUGACGGAAAAAGUUGUUUUACAGCAUGUUUUGAACGGAGGAAGCCUAAAAAUCUUCAUUUUCUAUUUUUCAACCUUUAAAUGUUCUAGCCUCAUAAAUAUUUAAUUUUUCUGCUCUGUAAGAUAUUUUCAAUCCGCUCAAUUUCGCUUGGAGCUUUCAAAAAAUAAAAUUUAGGAAAAGAACCCGAGCAAAAACAACAAUUUGUCGUGUUUGCUGACGCUUCCAAACGUUCAGAGGAUGGGCUAUGGACGAUUACUUAUCGAUAUGAGUGAGUUUGGGGGAAAAGUCGAAAAUAAUAAAAAAUAAGACAAAAAUAGGCUCCUAACAGCUUUUGAAUGGUUCACAGAUGAAAAUUGAGCCUAAAAAAAUUUGAAAAAUCGAAAUUUGAAUUUCGCGGGUUAUUUUUGAGAACAAUUUGGUUCAAUUUCAGUGUUCCGAUGAAAUUUUGCAAGAAGGAUUUGAAUUGAGUCAAUUCAAGUCGUUGAGAAAAAAAUUUCUUCCUAAAAAAUGGCUCCUGGUUGGUGUUGAAUAAGGAAAAAUUGAAUGUAAUUUUCAAUUUUCCCCGUUUCAGUCCGUAGUUAAAAAUAAUGAUGCGAGGCAGGUUGAUAUUGGUUCGGAUUUUAGAGAAGAGCUCAAAAAAUGAUUUUUCGGUUUUUAGGACAAACUCUAUGAUAAACUAUACAAUAGGACCACAAAGAAAUUAUUUUUUUCUAGAAAAACCCGAAAAAAGUCAGUUUUUGAGCUUACAUUUUAGAUGGGCUAUUUUACAAUGCCUUAUCGCGCUCCACAGAUAAUUUUUACUUUUUUCGAAUCCUCAAGCUUAGGGCUAGGCACAACAGAAGUUUGGACCAGGUGUCUAAUUUUCACCUUUUUUGAGAGUUGGGUUGAAUUUUUUGAUUUUUUUUUGUCUUGUUUUGAGAGCAAAAAGUCGCGUUUUGAUCUCUGAUAGUCUCUGAUACUUUGGCGCGCAAGUAGUUGUAGGUCGGGACGUCCCUAAAAGCAUCCGCGAAGCUUGGAGCCAUUCCAAAUGCGGCCACGGUUCUCAGUUAAAAAAGAGAACAUUUCUAGGUUACGCCCUGUCGAGAUUAGAGCGAAAAAUCGGAUCUCCAGAACAUCCAUUGUCGGAUCUCGGCCUCCUGGCGUACCGAGGCUAUUGGCGUUCCAGUAUUUUGUGCUUCCUUAGGUAGUUUUGUGGAAUAUUUGAACAACCUGAAUUUCCGGCUUCAGAUCAAUGCGGGAUCAGCAUCGAAGCGUCGUUUCCAUCAAGGAAAUGAGCCUCCAAACAAGAAUCAAUCCGAUCGAUAUCGUAAACCAACUGAUGAAGGACAAAAUGCUGCAGAGCCGUCGGGAUUCCUACUACAUCAAGACUGGAGUUUGAUUUUUUCCUCAAAAAAAAACGGUCUUGGGCGGAAGUGUAGUGGAGUAAGGCUGUGAUAACAGUGUUAUCAGCGGUUUUCUAGGCUAGAAAUUUUGGUUUGAGAACGUUUUGGACGUGUAAAAAUCAACAAAAGUGUUUUUCUAGCUCGAAAAAUAGGUAGAAUCACCCUAAGAUUGCAACAGUAGAUAGCAAAGUGCGCAAGUCGGCUUGGGUCGGGUGCAUUAUAGAAAAAAAUGUUUGGAAUCAUAACUGAGACUCAAAUCAUUCCAAAUGCGACCAGAUUGUUUCAAUUCGUCAAAAAUGCAGUAUAUAUUUAUUUGAUAGCCUCUCAAGCCAUUCCAAAUGCGACUAGGCAGAGAAAACAUUAUUAUCAGCGAGUUUCAGGCUGGAAAUUUUGGUUUGAUUCGAAAAAAUAGGGUUUUUAAGGCGUCUAAAAAUCAACGAAAUUGUUUUGCUAGCUCUAAAAACACGUAGAAUCACACUAGGACUGCAAUAGUAGAUAGCAAAGUGCGCAAGUCGGUUUUGGUCGGGGCCAUUAUAAAAAAAGCAAAAUUUUUAAUCAUAACUAGAGCUCGAGUCAUUCCAAAUGCGACCAGAAGGUCUCAAGACCUGAAAAUAAAGUAUUUUUGGCUAAUAGCCCCUUAAGCCAUUCCAAAUGCGACCAGAAAGUUUGAAGUCCUAGAAAUGAAGUAUAUUUCUUUAACAGCCCCUCAAGCCAUUCCAAAUGCGACCAGAUUAUUAAAAAUCGUAAAAUUUGAAGUGUAUUUCUUUAACAGCCCCUCAAGCCAUUCCAAAUGCGACCAGAAAAACUAAAACAAAAUAUAAAGUUGAUUAAUUUAAGAAGCGAGGCUACAAGUACGCUCUGUCGCAAAUGAGGAGGAAAACGGUCAACCUGGAAAAGCUCCAAUGGGAGCCGAACCCACAAGAAAUCGCCCAACUCGACCCUCACAAAAUCAACUUCUAUGUAUAA